CUUUUAUCCGUAGAUGAGUUCGGUAUGCAGCCUGCACAUCAGUGAGAACCGACGGGCAUCAUCACUGACCUCUAGUGUCUGAGGGGUUUAGGGUUUUUGAUUUCUUAUCAGAUACGGUUGAGUGCUCGUCAUGUGGGCACUUGGCAGAGCUGCUAAUCCUCUCAGGAGUCAAGGAUGCCAUGUAGGGGCCUUUCGAGCUUGUUGCACUAAAUUCAUUGUACAAAGUGAUUAUAUAGAGAAUGCAGUGGGUAUCACUGAACCUGCUGAAUUGGUAGCCGGUGCGCCUCUUCUUCCAAAGAGGCUUUAUCAUUCUCCAUCUAUUCAUGUGUACCUUCAUCCAGGGAGUCGUAGUCUCUCGUCACAAGCUGGUGCAAAGAGUAGUGGGGAUGAAGAAGAAUUGGAAGAUGGUUUUUCUGAACUUGAAACACCAGCUAGCAUAGAUUCCAUUGAGGAGAGCAACACAGGGGAGGAAAUUGACGAGGAGUUAGUGUCUGGGCCAGAUCUAUCGGAUAUUGAUUCUGUAGAGAGUUUAGCUGAAGCCUCUCAGAAUGAGCUUGACUUGUCCGAUGCUGAUGCUGAUGCUGAGGCUGAGGCUGAGGCUGAGGCUGGUGCAACUGAUGAGGAGUCAAAGAAGAAAAGGUUUCCUCUGGAUUUAUUCCGGGCAAUUAUGAAUGCUCCUCAUGUUGGAAGUGCCCUCGAUAAGUGGGUUGCAGAAGGGAAUCGUUUGGGUCGGUCUGAGAUAUCAGUUUGCAUGAUUAAUCUUCGGAAGCGCAGGAUGUAUGGAAGGGCCUUGCAGAUCUCAGAGUGGUUGGAGAAAAACAAGCAGAUCAAAUUUGUUGAACGAGAUUAUGCUUCUCACCUUGAUUUGAUAGCCAAAGUACGUGGGCUCCAGAAGGCUGAGCAGUACAUUGGGAAAAUCCCAGAAUCGUUCAGGGGUGAAAUAAUUUACAGAACUCUUUUAGCUAACUGUGUUGUAGCUACCAAUGUAAAGAAAGCAGAGGAAGUGUUCAACAAAAUGAGAGACCUGGACUUUCCAAUCACAACAUUUGCUUGCAACCAGUUGCUCCUUCUCUACAAGAGGUUUGACAAGAAAAAGAUAGCUGAUGUCCUAUUGUUGAUGGAGAAGGAAAAUGCCAAGCCAACUCUAUUCACAUACAGGCUCUUAAUAGACACGAAAGGGCAGUCCAAUGAUAUUACAGGUAUGGAGCAGGUACUAGAGACCAUGAAGGCUGAAAGGAUCGAACCUGAUAUCUUCACCCAAUUUGUACUGUCUAAGCAUUAUAUUAAUGCUGGCCUCAAUGAGAAGGCAGAGGGAGUUUUGAAGGAGAUGGAGGGAUGCAGCUUAGUGGAGAAUCGUGGGGCCUGCAGGAAUUUACUCCCACUUUAUGCAGCUCUUGGCAAGGCUGAUGAUGUGAAGAGAGUCUGGAAGGCUUGUGAGCCGAAACCCCAGCUUGAGGAGUGUGUAGCUGCCAUCGAAGCUUGGGGAAAGCUUGGGAAGAUAGAGGAGGCAGAAGCAGUCUUUGAGAAGAUGUGCAAGACUUGGAAGAAGCUCCCUACGAAGAACUAUACCGCACUAUUGAGAGUUUAUGCAGACCAUAAACUGCUGUCCAAAGGAAAGGAUCUUGCAAAGCGGAUGGCAGAUAGUGGAUGCCGUAUUGGCCCUUUGACAUGGGAUGGGCUUGUGAAGCUUUAUGUGGAGGCUGGGGAUGUGGAGAAAGCAGACUCAAUCCUGCAGAAGGCAGUUCAGCAGAGCUCAUUGAAGCCGAUGUUUAACUCUUAUAUGGUAAUCAUGGAUCAGUAUGCAAAAAGGGGUGAUGUCCAUAAUGCAGAGAAGAUGUUCCACAGGUUGAAACUGGCAGGAUAUGCUGGUCGGAUCCGGCAGUACCAAACUCUUCUCCAGGCCUACGUAAACGCCAAAACUCCAGCUUAUGGGUUCAGAGAUAGGAUGAAGGCAGACAACAUAUUCCCAAAUAAAGCAGUGGCAGCACAGUUGGCGCAGGUAGAUGCGUUUAAAAAGACCGCAAUAUCAGAUCUGCUUGAUUGAGGUUAGGGCAGAGUGAACUCUGAUCUCAUUAUCCGACCAGCUUAGAUGUAACCAUGUUCUCUUGAGACAGUUUUUUUCCCCGUUGCUGUGCUAUUCUGAUUUCGUAUUAUGUCGUAAGUGUUCACAAGUUGUAGGUUUUCAGUUUGAAGAGUUAGGUCUAGUGAAGAUAAAGAAGCAAGUGGUAUUCUUCCAUCUCACCUCUACAAUUUUUUGUU